UACGGAAGUGAGUGGUAUACAGAGAGAGGAAGGAAGAGGUUGUUCCGUGUCCAUUUCUUGAAAGAAAUUGAGGAUCGGAUUCAUCGUGCACAGUCGAUCCUUUAAAAUAUUUUUUUUAGCCAGGAAAACAAUACAAACCCUGACACAAUGUCUAAGAAUACCGUGUCUGAUCGCUUCAGGAAGGUAGAUGUAGACGAGUACGACGAGAAUAAGUUUGUUGACGAGGAGGAUGGUGGAGAGAACCAACUCGGUCCAGAUGAGGCAGAAGUUGACUCCUUGAUAAGACAAGGGAAUGUAAUGGAGGCCCUGCAGGCUGUUCUAAAAAAUCCACCAAUCAACACGAAGAACCAGAAUGUCAAGGACCGGGCUGAACUCCUAGUACUGAAAGUCCUCAGUGCUUUCAAGAGUAGUGACAUUGAGAAGGCAGUGCAGUCGCUGGACAAGAACGGUGUGGACCUCCUCAUGAAGUACAUCUACAAGGGGUUUGAGAGGCCCUCUGAAAACAGCAGUGCCGUCCUGCUGCAGUGGCAUGAAAAGGCCUUAUCUGCUGGUGGAGUGGGGUCCAUCGUACGAGUACUAACUGCCAGGAAAACCGUGUAAGGAGCCCUGUGCCUGGGCAUAAACGGAUGGUACAUAUACGCCAAUCAUUUGUUCACAGGGUGCAGUGGAGGACUCGCUCCUCUCUGCCCUUCCUUUUUUUUUUGUCUCUGCUCGCUUCAAAGCCCCUCCCCCCUCCCCCCUCCCUCUGCUGUCACACACCAUGGGUUCCCUGUUCCUCCUGAAGCCGGACACUGUACCGUACAACGCAAAGAGUGGACUCUGUGGUGAGGAUCUGUCCACAAAAGGGUUUUUUUUAUUUUUAUAUUUCCUUUCUAGAUUUUAAAAAGCAGCCAGUAUGUCGUCUCGUCUGGAUUACUGGCAGGAAGCCUCCUUUUUGUUGGCUUUGCCGUUCUCAGGAAUGUCUUGAUCUUUAAUUUCCUUUGACAGAACAGUACGGUUGCUCCUUUGUUCUUGUUGAGCAGAUUGGCCGUUUCGUAGGGAUUAUUCUGAUUCUCUGUAAAUCCCAGGAAGUGGCCGACGCCAUCGUGCCACAGGAUGCUGUGGGAUUUGCGGGGGGGGGGGGGUCCUGCAUGCUGUAGUCUAGACUUAAUAACCCCUCCCUGUUGCCCAUGAAGCUCAUCACCAGUCUUACAGAUCUCAUCGCCUCGUUACAUCAUUUCACAACCGAGGGCAUUAGCGUGCUACAUUCAUUAAAAGGGAUUCUUCCUCUCAGAACCGAUGAAGCAUUCGACAUUGAGGUUUUACGUGAGCUUUUAUUUGUCUAAACAUAAAAACUAAAUCAUAAUUCAUGUGUUAAUGUUCCUGCCAUGCUGUAGCUAUGUUGGUGUCAUAGAUCUGGCUUCCAGUCACAUUCCCUAAGUGCACCUGUCAUUUCCAGCUCAGCUGGCACUGUGUUUAUUUUCUCCUCUGUAUUGUCUUGAUGGUUCUGAUGGGAGAGCAAAUCUCUCUUUCCCCUUCCCACGUGCUUUCCACUUUUUUAGCAUUCCUAAUUUACCUGAUGAACAUAAUCGAUCGUGUGUAUUUAAAAUGGAAAAACAUCAAAAGGAAAAAAAAACUGUUGACAUUUUAAAUGUUUUCCUGUAACCUGCAUCUGUCUUGCUUGUUUAGAGGUUUUGUUGCCGAACUAUGAAAUCAUUUGUCAUCGAUCGCUUUUCUGUUCAAAGCUAGAACUGCGGCACUUGUGCUCAUACCUAGAACAGACAUUGGCAGUAAAAUCAUUUUAGAGUCAAUGGAGGUGAUAUUAAAGGUGAACAGAGGAUGAGAUACAGAUAUAAAGGUUUACUUGGCAAAACCAAGCCAGGUUUCCUUGAGAAAUUGAAUAAACCAACAAAUAAAGCAUAUUAAAAGCAAAUGCAGUCAGUUGAAUAAUGAAUAUAGUUAAUUGUGAACAGGAAUUGUAUCUUCAUGGGCAUUGUGCAUUGUGUUAAGAUUCUGUACCUUCAGACGGCUUUCCACAUUAAAACGACCCUUUCCCAUUCUUUUCACUCCUGCAAAGUGCUCAGUACUCGCUUAUGCAUCUGCAGUUUUUCACUGAUUGGCCAAGAAUAUUUGUACCUACAGAACAUAAGUUUGUGCUUGCUUUGCAUAUUCACCCCAUGUUGCCCUGUGCUUGUUUUGAAAAGACUGAAACUUUAGGCUGAAACUGUUGAAACACUUUAAACUAUCGCUUCAACGGAUAUUUACAGGCCUACAACGGUAAAGCUUGAGCGGAUGUUUUCCUAAUGGAAUUUUAUUUCAUAUUUAAGAUGUUUAGAGACAAGGUACAAGCCAUUUUGCACUUCCUGUUCAAAAUGUGCUGAAGCUUUGGUGUCUAACAUAGCUGGAUGUGUAUUUACAAUAACUGAAUGAGACGAGACGCAAGCCUUCAUUAUAUGUACACAGGAAACAUGGCGCCUGUUUCUAGAUACUGAUUGCAUAUAAUAGCAUAAUACAAAGAACAUCACCUGCAGAGUCAAAUGAAAGCGGGUCUUUCUGGUAUUUCAACUAAUGAGGUAUAAAUUUGUCCUGCUGUGUAUUACGUUUGCGGUAAAUGUUGGAUACAUGUUUGUGACUGGUGACAUGUUUGAGGAACCUGAUUGGCUGUUCUAGGUAUGAGUAUAAUCAAACCGUUUUAUUUUGUAUGCCUGAAACUGAGGUAUCUCUAAAUCGCAUACUGAAUAUUCAUACACAGGACAUUUGAAAAUCUAAAGAAUCGAAAUUUAAUGUCUGCCGUUUGAUCCGUUCAUAUAAAGUAUCAUGUUUCACUGUUUAUUUGUAAUGGAAGCAUUUAGCCAGUAUUCUAUUAUUCCCCAUGCAUUAGACAGAUUUGCUGAACAUUUUAAAUUCCUGCACAAGUUUUUGGACCAAAUAACUCCAGUAAGUCUUGAUGCUGGAUGGUUGUCAAUGUUGUUUAUAUAAGUAGCUUCCUGAUACAAACCAGUGCAAAAAGGAUCAUUUUACAGCUCCUUAAUGAUUGAAAGAAUGAAAACUUAGGAUUUAGUAUAACUGCAGUGCUCUUUGUUUUCAACUUAACAGACAUUUUUAAAAAUGCUUUCAAUUCUGGCACAUUAAAAAAAAAAUUAAAAUUAUUAUUAUUUGUGUAAUUAUCUAAAAAAAAAACACAAAUCAGUUAUUAAAAGUUAAGGACAAACUGCAUUGCCAUUUUAUUCAAUCAUGGAGUAAAAGUACUUUCAGGCUGCAUAAUUCAUCUGAUACUUUCUAUGUCAGAGCAUUUGUGGUUUCUUAAAGUUCUUUUUCUAUGCACCUAGAGCUACAGUAUAGUGUACUUAAUGUAACAGUACUUUGUAUGGCUCCAAGCUGUGCUGUAGGAUAUGUACCUCAGAUGUCCUGUACCAUAUUGUAUGAACCACAAUUUUUAUGAUAAUUGUGAAAUAAUGCAUUUUAUUUCACUUCUCUUGAAUUGUACAAGUUAAAUUGUUGAUUUGAUGCAGUAAUUUUUAUUGCUCUUGUGAACAAGUGCAAAAAAUAACAACCAAACUGGUGUACAAACUGCCUUAUCAAAUAUUCCUUUUUAUGUUUGUGCUUUUGUGAUACAAUAAAAUAUAUAUAGAUGCAAA